AUGUCGUACGACCAGUUAUCUUCGCUCGAAGCCGGCCGAUCGGGUCGUCAAGGCGGAUACACCGAUGAUCCCGAGUUCAAGCAGCUUCAGUCCCAGUUGACCAACAAGAUCUUCAACCUGCGGCGCAAUAUCCAGCAGCUGACUACUGACGUCAACAUUCUUGGAACGAAGCGCGAUACUCCCCGUGUCAGAGAACGAGUUCACGACCACCUCGAGAAGACCCGCGAUCUGUGCAAGGAGAUUGGAGAUGGCGUCAAGAAGCUCCAGACGUGGGACGAUCUGACGAAACAACAAAAGUACGAUCAAUCCAGAAUCUCGACCGACUUCCAAAACGUCCUGCAAGAGUUCCAAGACAUCCAGCGCAAAGCACUUGAGAAACAACGAGCGUCCGUCACAGCUGCGCGCGCAGCGACCGAAGGCGAGGGAGCUGAUGCGGCGGCUGGAUCCGAGGAGCGUCUCGAGCUUCAACAGCAGCAGGAGGUCAGCCGCCUCGCAUCACAGGACGAAGUGGACUUCCAGGAAGCGCUCAUUGUCGAGCGUGAAGAGGAGAUCCGAAAUAUUGAGCAGGGUGUCGGCGAUCUCAAUGUGUUGUUCAGGCAGGUGGCUCAGAUUGUGACCGAGCAAGGCGAGCAGCUUACUUCCAUCGCGGAUAACGUGGAAGACGUGCGGGACGAUACCCGGGGCGCUCAAAUAGAGCUCCGCCAAGCGGCGAGACACCAGAAGGCGGCUCGCAACAAGGGGUGUUGUCUGAUGCUCAUCCUGGCAGUCAUCCUCACCAUCAUCAUUCUCGCAAUUGUAUUGGACUAG